GGAAGCUGGUGCCGGCGGGAAUGUUGUAGCGCGGCGCAUUGCUGCACUCUCGCCGGGUUCUGCGUGGGCGCGCCCCCCUGCACAGCGGCGACUGGACAGCGAGGUUUCUCGAGGUUCCUCGCAUUCCGGAUGAUUGUAAAGUCCUGAUCAGUGGCCACUGAAUAUAAUUGACACAGAAUAGGAAGAUGGCAGCAAAUCCUUCAGGACAAGGUUUUCAAAAUAAAAACAGAGUCGCAAUUUUGGCUGAACUGGACAAAGAGAAAAGAAAAUUACUUAUGCAGAACCAAUCUUCAGCAAGUCACCCUGGAGCUAGCAUCUCCCUGUCCAGGCCCUCCCUCAGUAAGGACUUCCGGGACCAUGCCGAGCAGCAGCACAUCGCAGCGCAGCAGAAGGCCGCUCUGCAGCACGCUCAUGCGCACUCAUCUGGCUACUUCAUAACUCAAGACUCUGCGUUUGGGAAUCUUAUUCUCCCCGUUUUGCCUCGCCUUGACCCCGAAUGAAGAAAGUGUGAUAAAAGGACCUUGUAAUAUCAAAUGUCAAAGUUCUCACUCAGCUCUAUACAAACUCUGACUUUCAGGACUUUGGAGAACCUAGCUUUUGUUUCUUUAAAGAAAGGAAUAAGUGAGAGUGGGAAGAGAAGAGGAGCUGGGACGCUGAGGCCUUGGGAAGUGGAAGCAGCAGCAGUGGAGGAGGACCUGGCUGUGCUGGCCAAGACUGACUUCUUUGUAUUGCCAUCGGACUUUCCCUCCGACUCAGAGUCGCUUGGUCUCUUGUGAAAUCUGCAUCACCUCCAACAACUGGGACUGGAUAUCAUGUGGGAAGCCCUGGGUUUGCCCCCAUCACCACACAGACAAGCUCUGACAGCACACGCCUGUGACCUCAGCACUAGAGGAAUAGAGGCAGAAGAAGUUCAUGGCCAUCCUUGCCUAGACAGUGGUUUUGAGACCAGUCUGAGGUCUAUGAGACUGUGCCUCAAAAAAACAACCAAAAUCAGAAAAAGAGCCAUUAAUAGUCCUAACUUUAAAGAAAUGAGGAUGCUUUUAAACCUGUGAGGAGGCUUGCAUACUUCUUUGUGCUUUCUCGUGUUAAGAAACAAGCUAUCGAGGAAUAGGCUUAAGCUAAUAACUAGUUCUCCUACUCUGAAUUUUAAAAGAAAACCCAAGGCAGACUAAAUUACCAACCAAUCUUAAAUCUUUCAAAUAAAUGCUAGGAUGAUAGCAAAUACAUGAUGUGACUAAACACUGUUAUGAAAGUCAGCGGAAGAAAUCUGGGAGUGUAAUGGGCGUGUAUUCUCACGUCAUGCUGCUGCAUAAGUGGUGUGCCUGAGUGAUUUUAUUUUCUAUUUUUUAUCUAACUGAAAACUUUAAAUUGGGCAGAUUCAGGCCUUUUAAACCAUUUUAAAUAAGGUUAAACAAGUUACUCACCAGGGCCCAACUUUAACAGGAACUGAGGUGCUUACUUGUAUAUGUGCCUCCCACUACCCUUCCUUCGCCCUACAGAAUUAGAGUUUGAUUAAAGUGUGAAAAGUAUGGUUCAGAGAGUUCUGUAAUACCUUACACAAAACGUCUUGAUUAAAAUUAAAUUUUAUAAGGGAGUUAUUUUGUAAGGAUCCUGUCAUUUUCUGUUCCCAGGGAUUGAACCUAGGACUUUAAAGGUUUAGAUGUGUUGUUUCACUGAGCCUCAUCACCCCGUGUAGCUGACCUUCAUCCUCUCUGUGCUGGGGGGGGGGGGGGGUUGAACCUUUUCAGCUGGGUCAGUAUCUAGGCAACCACAUAGCACUGUCUGCUCAGUGUCAGUCAGCAGCCUUAGGAGCUUGAACUGAUGUCUCCAUCGAGGAAGAUGGACCUCUCCCAGUCAUCACACUGCUCCCUUGUAUCUGCUGCUGACCCAGGGACCCUCUUGCUCCUGUCCCUUCAAAAGCCCAUACAGCUUCUCUCUGGGCCUCCUAGUAAUCUUCACUUUUUUGCAUUUCACGAAGUUUCUGUCUGGUGUGACCCUUGACAUACUGACAUGGUUCUAAAUCUGUCUACUGAUGUUAGGAAGAUAAAAUGUGUGCAUACUUUUUCCACUGUUGACUACUAUGUGACUUUGUAAUCUAGGUGCUUGUUUUUCUUUUCUGUGUCAGAUAUAAGGCCCCGAUGAACAACUUAAGGGAGAAAGGGCUUAUCUAGACUCAAAGUUUGAGACACAGUCCAUCAUGGUAGGGGAAGUCAAGACAGCAGGAGCUUGAAGCAGUUGGUGACAUUUCAUCCACAGUCAAGAAUAAGAACAAAGAAUGGAUGCUGCCGCACUCUUUAUGUAAACCAGUAUUCUAGCCAGGGAGCGGUGCCGCUCAACUGCGGGCAGAGCUUCUACCUCAGUUAAUGCUAUCAGAGAAUUCCCCAAGGCAUUCCCAGAGGCUCAUCUCGUAGGUGAGUCUAGAUUUUGUCAUGCUGGCAGUACCACCCCACUAACUAGGAGGACUUUCCAGUGGCCCUCUGCCUGUGGGUAAAUAUUUAGUUCCUACUCUGGUAUGGGCUGUGUUUGAGGGACAAAAAGGUCACAGAGACCUGCAGAUGGGAAAGUGACAUUGUUGAGGAUCCCACUCUGGCAUUCAAGUCCUAAAGUAAGCCGUUAUGGCACAAGACAGGCAUCUUGGAGUACAUGGCAGUCUGACUAGGUUAGAGGUCUCUAGAUGAUAGAAUUGGCAAGGGACUGAAGGGACACCCAGACGAAGGUCACAUUUCCAGUCAAGCCCAGUGAGGUGGUUCAUGCCUGUAAUCCUAGCACUCAGCUAAGGCAGGAGAAUCACUAUGAGUUCAAUGCCAGCCUGGGCUACAGAGUGAGACACCUAAGUUUCAGGCAUGACACCGCAGUGUUAGAGACAGCCCUGGACUCACUUAAAGCCCUGAGUAAAACUCCAGUGCUGGGAUCAUGGGUGGGUGAUUUAUGCCAUGGCAUCUGUAACAUGGGGACAGGAUCAAGCAGUGGGCACGCACACCUUGAAUCCCAGAACUUGGCAGGCAGAGGCAGGUAGAGCUCUGUGAGUUUAAGGCCAGCCUGGUCUACAGAGUGAGUUCCAGGACAGCCAGAGCUACACAGAGAAACCGUGUUUCAAGCAAACAGAAAAUUGGGACAGCAUACAACUGACUAUUGUCAUACUUAUUAAGGCCAGUAAUUUUUAAAGUACAAGUCUCAGCCUGUUUAUGAACCGAGAAGGCAGCUUAAUGGUUUAAUGCAUUGUAUCAGCAUUAAAUAAAAAAAAAAUAGAGAAAGCAAA